AUGGCACCGACCAUUUCUCCCCGCAGUGCUUCAGGCGAACACAUCAGAACCGUCAUUUCUCGUUCAGUAUCCUCCAAUUUAACCCCUCUACCCUCACGAAGUACCACAUCUACCAAAGCUCCCAUCGCAUCAUUAUUCGCCGUCAUUCUAAGAGGCACAAUCGGAGUCUCGAAACGAGCCCUCCAAGAAUCCCUCUUUACCCCUCGAUCUCCCGUUUCCGAAGCGGUCCAACCAAUCUAUGUGCACCCUUCAGCGCUCUCGAAAAGACAGAAUGCCGUCCUCGCCAUCCCGACAACGUAUGCCGGGCUCAACGAUGGACCGGCGCCAGGUGCGGUCGUAGGCAUUGUCCUCGGCUCCAUCGCCGGCUUUAUCCUGGUUUUAUACAUUCUCCUCAGCGCCUUCCGUCUUUCAGGAUACUGGGUUCGCGACAGUUACGAAGAGGAAGUCGUCCGACACCACCACCACCGCAGAUCACCUCGUCGGAGUCGCAGCCACAGUCGGGUGAUGACGGAAGUCAGUAGCCCACGCCGGGAAAGAAUCGUCCGCGAACAUGAAGAGACCGUCGUGGUAGAAGAACAUCCAUCGAGCGUAGUGGAGGAGGAGGAUAUCGUCGAAGUCAUCGAAGAACAUUCUCCCGAACGGCGGCCCAAACGAGGCCCCAGUGGCCGAAGUGGAUUUAGGACAGUGGACCCGGCAGAGUUUGGCGGUGGAGGACGACCGAUAAGGAAAGUUUCCAGGCGGUGA